CACGUCUGGACAAAUCUCCAUAUUUCAACUCAGCUGGAAGCAUGAUUGUUUCGAUGACCGUAUUUCCUUCCGUUCACGAUCAGCACGGUCGCAGCAGAGGGUUGUGCGGUUUACUUGAUAACAACCGCACAAAUGACUUUCACGACCGCACCGGACAAAUAAGUUUGAACAGGAUUGAGUUUCUACACACUUGGAGAGUUUCAAAAGAAGAGAGCUUAUUCAAGACAAGUGCUAAAUCAACAAACUCGUGGGUACAUCCUGCUUGCACAUGUAGUGUAUCCAGUGGCCAGGUAACAUUCAAGGGUAAAUGUCACCUAGGAGCAGAUAACUCAUGCGCAAAGGGAAGAACGGUCGGAGAACAGACAUGCAAACCCGCUGAAAAGACAUCUAUCGAGAGUACUGUUCCAGUUCUAGACCUGAGUAAAGAUGGCAAUCAUAAAGAUGGCGUAACUGUAUGAACUGUUCAGUACCUUUUCAUUUGAAUACUUGCAAAUCGACUCUUAUCUUAUUCUUACUGCUAAAUUGUCUUAUAUAACGGAACUUAAACGAUUGUUACAAGUUUGAUAUUAUCUUUUUCUAAAUUAAAGUUUGGUUUUCUAAUUUUCAUGUUUGAAGACCACGAAAGGACCCAGAGAGACUAAAACAACAUCCACAACUAAAACGGAAGCACAUGUUUUACAGACAACAACAUUUACCCCUACAGGACACUGGAAUCACAAUAUAGCCAAAAACUUUUGCACAAACUACAUGAAUAGUUCAAGGGCAUUCCGACUCUGUGCACGGGUUCCUCAUACAGACACCGAGCGGGCUAUUGAAACAUGUACACAGGAUAUUGUUAUAUCCCAGACAACGGAGUGGCACAGGCUAUCACUACAAUCUAUGAAAGACUCGUGUAUAUCUGAAAUACAUAGAAACAAAACAGUCCGAGAAUAUUUAGAACGCCCAAGGGAAACGAUUUUCACAACAACGACACCUAGUGGUCAACACAUUGACCAUGUUACAACAUCACGCCCAAACAGUGAUGUCAAAGAGUCAAAUCUAAAUAUAAUUGAGAUCGUAGACGCGAUAGAAGAAAUUGCCUGUCCAAAUGAAUGUUCAGAUCAUGGCCCUUGCAAAAACGGCACAUGUAAAUGUAAUGCUGCAUUUGGCGGUGAUGAUUGCUCUAUUGACUUCAAAAAGCCGCCAUCUACUGCCAGUUUACUUCACGGAAGUACCUGCGAUGAGAAAGAAGCAAAAUGCACGCAUGUGUUUAUCUACGGAGGAUUUUUUGCAAGCGAAACUGUGACCUGUCACAUUACCACAUUUGAAAUUUAUGCCAAUAAUGAAGGUCGUCUUAAUAUGGAUGCAUACGUCAUACGAGGGCAAGCAGAAUCGCUCAUCGAGGUUAUUUGCUCUCUAGUGUCACCUAUCAGAAGAAAACGAUCUCUUUCUGACCUCCAAGAAGUGAAAUUGAUGUCUUGCUACAAGGUUUCAGUGAGCAAUGAUGGCAUACAUCAUGGGACACCAAUAGAAAUGUGUGUUUACAAUUCAGAAUGUCAAACUGUAUCAAAAAGCCUUAGCGGGAUGCUAACAGCCAACAUAAAGGAAGGAUAUUGUUUUAUUGAUGGACUUUGUAUACCUAAUCGAAAACAAAAGCCAUCGUCAGAAAUGUACUGUCUUCCAGAAUUUUCGCUUUAUAGUUGGACAGAAUUACCUACGUCAACACAGACAACGUCUGCUCUUGUUACGGAUCUAGUCAACUACAAAUUAAUUUGGCAGACCUCAGUUAUCGUUGCUGUUGUGUGUACUAGUUCAAUCUGCAUAAUUGUCAUUCUUGUUGUCUGCAUACGAAAACGAAAACGAAGGAAGCAAGAGGACAAAAAGAAACAGAAUGGCGAACUAAAAAUGAAUUACAAACACGAUGCAGACUUUCAGGAGGACACGUAUGCCUAUAUCAACCCAAUCGAUGCAAGCGACAAUGCACCUUAUGAGAAAACCGCGAAACUGACUCUUGGUAUUACUGACGAGUAUUUACGCGUAGACAUAUCGAAGAAAGAAAAGAUCCAGAACGCAAAGUUAAACACAGGAAAGAUUAAUAGCAGAAGCGAUGGACCUGUGCUACCACUCGAGAUCCAUAUGAGAAACUUUGUUUUACAAAUCAAAAGCAAGGGGUAUAUGACAAAAUUGAAAACGAAUACCGACAUGGACACACCGAUACCAAUGGAAAUCAGUAUGGUCCAAACACAAGACGUAGUAACGAGACGGAAAAGGAGAACGACUACUUUAAUGUGGAUGAUAUUCAAGAGGAUUAUCUCAUACCUACGUAAGGAAAUGAUAAGGGAAAUAAAGAGCCUCUCAGAAACAUGUUUGUAG